AUCGUCAUCUUCAUCACUGAAACGAGCCACAACUGAGAAAACAAAGCCCUCUGCAAAUUCCAAUUCCAAGGUCUCACCAUGUGGGCCCCAACACUCCAAGCACCAUUUACACUGAAGCUCCCUCCCCUCCUUCUCCAACCUUCUCCAGCCUCCAACGCAACCCUCCUCCCCAUCAUCACCACAAAACCCAGAAGAAGACGGCCACGUCACUCCUUCCCUCGAACCCAUCUCCAAACCCUCAAGCCCAAAUCACGCCCCCACCGCACAUUCCUCACCAGAGCCACCAGUGACGACGCACCCGCGGGUAUGGAAGAAAGAGAGACGAGUGGUGGUUCGUCUAGCAAUGUUAGUGAUGGCUAUGUAGGGCUGUUUGUACGGAUGCUUGGGCUGGACCAUGACGCUCUUGAUAGAGAGCAAGCAGUAGUGGCGCUGUGGAAAUAUUCACUUGGUGGGAAGAAGUGUAUUGAUGCCAUUAUGCAGUUUCCUGAUUGCAUACAUUUGACUCUGAACUUACUAAGAUCAGACUCCAGCUCCACUUGUGAAGCUGCUGCUGGUCUUUUGAGAUCAAUUGUUCUAGUUAAUUUGUAUCGCGAUUUGGUAGCAGACAGUGGUGCCAUUGAGGAGAUUACUGGGCUGCUCACUCGAGCUUCGACUACUUCUGAGGUGAAGGAGCAGGCUAUAUGUACUUUGUGGAACUUGAGUGUAGAUGAGAAGUUUAGGAUGAAGAUUGCUAACAGUGAUAUAUUGCCAUUACUGGUUAAGUCCUUGGAUGUUGAGGACAUCAAGGUGCAGGAAGCGGCCGGAGGGGUUUUGGCAAAUCUGGCGUUGAGUGAAUUUAAUCACGGCAUAAUGGUUGAAGCUGGUGUUAUACCACAAUUGACAAAGCUAUUAAGAACUGACAUUGAAGGAUCUAAAGUAAUUAAAAAGGAAGCAAGGAAUGCUUUGUUGGAAUUAUGUAAGGAUAGAUAUCAUAGAAUUACUAUUCUAGAGGAAGGUCUUGUUCCGGUACCCAUAAUUGGCGCAGCUGCUUAUAAGUCAUUCAGACCAGGUCUUUAUUCAUGGCCUAGUUUGCCAGAUGGUACACAGAUUGAGCAGACUUCUAGAAUUCCUUCUAGGUUCGGUGCCUCUGAGUUACUCCUCGGAUUACAUGUUGAUGAUAAGAAUGCAGAAAUAGAGGAAGCAAAGAUGAAUGCAAUAGUCGGGCGGACGCAGCAACAGUUUCUUGCUCGUAUCGGGGCCAUUGAACUGGAUGAUGAAAAGAAACAGUCUAAAAUCAUGACGGCUCAACAACUCACACUUUUGCCAUGGGUGGACGGGGUGGCUAGAUUGGUUCUGAUUCUUGGACUUGAAGAUGAGUCAGCAAUAGUGAGAGCUGCAGAGUCAGUUGCUGAUGCAUCUAUAAAUGAACAUAUGCGGAUAGCAUUCAAGGAAGCUGGGGCAGUUAAGCUCUUAGUUCAGCUUCUGGACAGUAAGAAUGAUGCUACCAGACUAGCUGCAACUCAAGCUUUAGAGAGGUUGUCUGUCAGCAAUGUUGUUUGCCAGAUAAUUGAAGCUGAAGGUGCUUUAGAUCAUUUGUUUAAUAUCUUAAAGAACCCAGAGAUACCUGAAAUAUUGAUGGAGAAGGCCUUGGAUAUUCUUGGACGGAUCUUAGAUCCUAAUAAAGAAAUGAAGUCAAAGUUUUAUGAUGGACCAGUAAAUGGAUUGGAGAAUGUUUUGGAUGCUGCAAGAGGUUUGCAUGGUUCAGAUAAAAUAAAUGGAGAUGUUACUCGUACAUCAAUUUCCAAAACAAAUCUCAGGGAUGUUGUGCUAGAUUCUGGGGUUGUCACUCGCCUUCUCAAGAUAUUAAAGACCCCUAGCCCAGGAUUACAAAGAAAAGCUGCUUCCAUCCUUGAGUUCUGUACAGUUAUUGACCCAAGCAUGGAUAUCAUCACUUCCGUGGAUAUAGAAUCUGGUUUGGAUGUUGUUUUGCAGCAAAAGGUCCUUGAAGAUAUGGAAUCUGAAGUUGAGUUUCAGCAGCCAGGGAAACAUGUCCUGGAAGUUGAAGAAGCCGGUAUUGUUAUAUCAGCAGCCUCCCGGUUAUUGACAAAACUGCUAGACUCUGAGAAGUUCUGUCGAAAAAUAGACUCUGCCCAUUUCACCAAAUUGCUCCGCAAUAUCCUCAAGUCUGAUAUUCCCCUUCGUAACAAAGAUUGGGUUGCUGGUUGUUUGGUGAAACUUGGUUCUCUUUCUGGUCCGAGACCAAAUGUCGAUGACCCAAUCAAUAUGGAAGUAACUCUGCACGAGACCAUUCCCCGACUCAUGGAGCAACUCAAAACCUCUUUCUCCCCACAAUCAAAAGAAGCUGCUGUUAUAGAACUCAACAGAAUAAUCUCUGGAGGUGUGGUUGAUUCCACUCGAGCUGUUGCUGCAGAGGGAGGAAUAUUUCCUUUAGUAAAACUGAUUGAAGAAGGGAGCGAGAGGGCUGUUGAAGCAUGUUUGGCUAUAUUAUAUAAUCUUAGCAUGGACAGUGAGAACCAUUCGGCAAUUCUAUCGGCUGGAACUGUACCCGUUUUACGGAGAAUAGUCCUAUCAGAAAGACCACAGUGGAGGCGGGCACUUCAUUUACUGAGAACUCUACCUACAUUAGAAGGCAGUGCCUAACUUAAAGAGUGUAUACUUAACAGUGAUAUAGUUUCACUCCAUAGGUUCAUAAUUUUUAAUGAAUACUACCCUUGAUUGGAAGACAAAAUUCGUUGUCAUCUUUUUGGUUAGCGCCAAAGUUGUCAUUCCAUUUUAAAGAGAUUUCACUCAAUUUCAGGCACAA